UCAUCUAAAUUGUUUUAUAUCUGACAAUCGAGUCAGAGCUUUUCUUCCUGUCACUCAUACACACCAGUGCCUGUCAAAAUCACUGCUAUCAAAAUACAGUCAAACCUCGGUUUUUGUAUGAUUUGUUGUUAAACAUUUUCUCCUUUGCCUAGGUUUUUGUACAGUAUCAUUCCGCAAAACCAGAGUUUUUUUUUUUGAGUGCGACUGCUAAAUAACCCACCCUGGGGCCUAAGAAAGUUGCGAGUAGUCAGAUGAGGGGAGUCUGCAUCAACAAUGAGUUCCAUCCAUUUGUCAUUUACUAUUAUUUUACAUUGUUUUCUGCUUGUAAAACCAUAAUUAUUCUCUAUAAAAUGUAUUUUGUUUUAUUUCGCCAAAUGCCUUUGCCCCAAGUGAGUCAGGGCUUUUCUUCCUGUCAGUGACAUUAUUUGGGCAAAGUGUGGCUCAACGAUGUCACACGAGAAGCGCGGCGCGAAUGCCGAAAGGCUGAGCGCAGGUGGAAGAAAUGGUCUGCAAGGUUCCUUUGAAACCCUCAAAGCCAGUUGGAGCCGUGAUCAGAACGUAGUGAAGGCUGACAAAACAAAAUACCUGUCUGAUUUGAUAUCAAACAACAUUAACAACCCACGUGUUCUUUUGAAAACUAUUGAUUGAAACCAUCUGAAAUCAUCUGAGACUUGUGAGCAUUUCUUGCACUUUUUUAAUGAUAAGGUUGCAACUAUACGAGCUAAUAUAUCACCCCCCCCUUUUAAUUUGUCUGCAGUGACACAGUGCUCUAAAGUUUUUUUUUAUCAGUUUCAACCUGUGUCACUGGCCUUUAUUACCAAGGUAGUUGGUGGUCUUAAGCCUUCUUCCUCUCCAAUUCCUCUCUACCUAAUCCCACUUGGUACAAUUUUUAGAAAGCAUGGCCUCUCCUAUUACUUUUAUGCAGAUGACUGCCAGAUCUACUUACCUCUUACAAGAAAUGACCAGGCCCACCUCACACUCCUUCUUGAGCGCUUAAGCGACGUCAAGGUCUGGUUGGCUCAAAAUUUUGAAAGCUCAAUGAGGGGAAGACAGAAGUUAUCGUCCUUAAUAAUAAUGACCCCCUCUUAGACUUGGGCCCCAUCAAGAACCAAGUCAGUUCCACAGUCACCAGCCUUGGCGUCAUAAUCGACGGUGAUUUUAAACUUAAUAACCAAAUCAACGCCUGUAAAAUCCUGUUUUUAUUAUCUUUGGCUUCUAUCAAAGUCAAAUCCGUUUAAUCAUUGCGACAUUUUGAACAAGCCAUGCACGCUUUUAUUUUGUCACGUCUGGACUACUCUAAUGCACUAUACUCUGGAAUAAUCCAUCAAUUUGUCUCUCUUACAGUUAGUCCAGAACUCUGCAGCACGGCUUUUAACAGGAACCAAAAAGAGGGAGCAUAGUACCCCAAUUUUAGCCUCUCUGCACUGGUUGCCUGUGCAUUUUAGAAUUGAUUUUAAGAUUUUGUUUGUUUUUAAGGCUUUGAAUGGGCUGGCCCCUCAGUACAUCUCGGACCUCAUUCAAAUCUACACGCCAGCGCGCACAUUGAGGUCCGAAGGCCAGCUCCAACUGGUGGUACCUUAGACCAGACUUAAGACCAGGGGAGACCGGGCCUUUUCCGUAGUGGGCCCGAAGCUGUGGAACACUCUCCCCCUUCAUGUAAAAAUGGCCCCCACAAUCGCAAGCUUUAAGUAUCGUCUUAAAACCCACUUUUAUUCCCUGGCUUUUAACUCGGCGUGAGUCGUGUGGUCCUCUGUGUCUUUUAUUCUUUUUUAGUUUUAAUGGUUUUAUUUAUUUUAGUUUUUUAUUGAAUUUAAUUCACUUAUUUAUUUACUUCUUACUUUAUUGUUUUGACUUCUUGUUUUAAGUAUUUUACUGUUGGACGUUUCUUUGUUUUUAUUUGAUCUUUUAGUUUUUACUGUAGUAAUUUUUGCUUUUGCUGAUUAUUUAUGGCUUUACUAGUCUGUGCAGCACUUUAAAAACAGUGUUUAUAAAAUGUGCUACAUAAAUAAAGUGGAUUGAAAUUUGGCAAACAACAGAAGUUCUGAUGCCAUUGUAAAGAUCAUGGUGAGAAAUGAAGCUGUCAUCAUCAAACAACUGUUGAGCACCAACUUGUGAUUUCACCAAUGGUGAAUAAGUGUCUUAAAAAAGUGUCUUUAGAUGUCUUUAAAAGUAUUUUUCCAAAAACGGGUCUUGAAAGAGAGAAGGCUGUCUUAUAUCUGGGUCAUUAGGGUAAUACUCCUUUGUGCUUGUUUAUUACAGUAGAUCCCCGCUUUUCACAGGAAUUCUGUUCCGGACCCACCAGCGAUUGGUGAAAAUCCGCAAGUAACUGAGGAGCCCAUAAAAAUGUCUAUUUUUGACACAAGGCUUGCGCCCCUCAUGCUCCCUGCACCCACCUGCCAUUGUUCACUCACAGGUUCAAUCCAAGUUGAAGCCCGAAAUAUUCCUCACAUUACUAUAAAAGCAUACUCUCCACAAACAAAUGAUAAUGUAAGACGUUCGGUGAACAGAUACAUUUAAUAAGCUGUGGCAGCAUCGGAGAAAGCUGUAUAUACUGUACGCUAAGUUUCACUUUUGCUUGACAUAGUGUGGUCGAGGACCGCCAAACAAAAGAGAGACAUCUCAACGUUUGGUGAAAAAACAUCAUCAGUGAAGCAUUAAGAUAUAAACAUAAAUUGUGGGCUGGUACACAUAUACUGUACAUUUGACCUAUAUUAUCACAUAAUUAGAAAUUAUUACAGACUUUGUGUAAAUAAGAGGAAAAGAAUUAUAUAUAUUUAUCUAGCUACAGAAGAGGGUUCGGCACUACAUUACAAUAAACAUUUUGUGAAUCAAAACUGGAUUUGAUAUGAUUUGUGAUAGAAUGUAUGUCACUACUUACCAAAGUAAGCUUCUCCUGAUCCCACAGUGAUCCGAUGAUGAAAGCCACCAGACGUCCCUCCUCGAACCAUCCCAGUGACAGCUCGGGACACAAAGUCAGGAAGUGUCGUACUUCGUCCAGCAGGAGAGGACACUCGCCAGAAACGGAUAUGAACGCUGCAAGGACCCGACGAGAGACGGUACUGCACAAAUGACGCACUGACGUCACGCAAGUGACGCAGAUUCUACGUAACGGCGUAAACGCGUGCGUGCCCUCCCUGCUUCCAGGUUUGCACUCUUCUCACUGCACGGUCGUCCUGCUCUCCAGCAUCACUCACAGAAAACAGCAGCUAUGGCUGAACCCCCAGCACCGGAUUCGACGGACGCUGCACGGACAACCUCUCCGACCCCGGCCCUUUCUCCCUCGGCCAGCCUGGGCUCGGAGCCUGCAUCCAUGGCCCUGUCUCCCACCACGGACGGCUCACAGCGGCUGCUCUUCUCCCACGACCUGGUCUCCGGGAGGUACAGAGGUUCUGUCAGGUUCGGCCUCGUACGGAUGAUCCAUGGUGAGGAGGACUUCAACUCGGACUCGGACCUUGAUGAUGGCGGAGGGAGAGGUGGUGGUGGUGGUGGUGGAGGAGGAGGAGGAGGAGGUGGUGGUGGUGGUGGUGACAGUGCAGUGGGCAGUCGGCCGCUCGGUCGUGGAGUUGUCCGUGUCCAGUGGUACCCUGAUGGAGGCAAGCAGGACAUCAGGGAGACAAAGCUGAAACUUGAAGACAGAUCCAUCAUGAUCCGAGACAUUGUUCGGCGGAAUAAUUCAGGCGACAACCAGUGUGGCAUCGUGACCAACAUUGACAUUGAGUGUGCAGUGAAGCUUGUGGGGACAAACUGUGUCUUGUAUCCUGUCAAUAGCAAAGAGCUGCAGCACAUAUGGUCUUUCAUGUACGGUGACUACAUAGCCUAUGACUUCUGGCUGGGGAAAGUGUACGACCUGACCAAUCACAUCAUCCUCAAGCUCUCCAAUGGAGCCAGGUGUUCCAUGAGCGUGGAGGAUGGUGCCAAGUUGUAUGACGUCAGUCCUCAUAUCAGCGAUUCGGGUCUAUUCUUUGACGAGGCAUACGGCUUCUACCCGGGCCAGGUCUUGAUGGGUCCUGCUAAAGUCUUCUCUAACGUCCAGUGGCUAUCUGGUGUCAAACCUGUCCUCAGCAGGAAGUGCAAGUUUAGGGCGGUGGUGGAAGAGGUAAAGGUGGUGGAACUGAAGGUGACAUGGAUCACGAAAAGCUACUCCCCAAAAGGCUCAGACAGCAUCUAUCCUCCUCCCGGCACCGUCACGCUGGAGAAUCUCUGCAGGGUAAGGCGCCUGGGCUACUACGACCACACCCAGAGGGUGCUUGGCGAGAGGGCACUUUACGUGUUCCCUGCCAAGGGGGACGCCACACGCAUUACAUUUGAAGGACCUGAAGGGACCCACGUCCUGCCAGAAGACCCUGUGGUCAGAAAGUUGAAAAGAAUUUUCAAGAAGGAUUCAGGGAAGAAGACUGAGAAUGUCGACGUACAAGGCGAGCACAAACCAGAACAAACAGACUCCUCCCAUCACAACAGUAAUGGCCCUGUGGGACCCAACCAGAACCCCCCUGACCCUCAAAAUACACAUGACGCCCCUGCAGAACAUGGAGAACAGGAUGCUGACGACGAGGCAGCAGAAGACACUGACGAUACCAGCUCUCUGACUUCGUCUGCCAGCUCCACGGCCUCCUCUCAGAGUGGUGGACUUGGAACCAACCGCAAGAAAAGCAUCCCACUGUCCAUCCGCAACCUGAAGAGGAAGCACAAGAAAAAGAGGACCAAGUUCUCUCGCGAGUACAAACCAGGAGACUGUGUGGCUGUGGAAGUUGUAUCCACCAAAACCACAGCUGAUGUGAUGUGGAAGGACGGGCAUGUCGAGAAGGGGAUCAGAUCAAAUGACCUCAUCCCAAUCCAGCACCUUGACAGCCACGAGUUUUGUCCUGGUGACUUUGUUGUAGACAAACGACCCCAAGCCCUCCAGGACCCAGGAGUAUACGGCGUGAUCCAGUCUGGCGACCACAGGGGCAGAACGUGCGUCGUCAGAUGGAUCAAACUCAAUGCCACCAGUGAUGAUGUGGAGGUUAUCGGUGUGGAGGAGGACGUCAGUGUGUACGACAUAGCGGAUCACCCUGAUUUCCAUUUCCGCACCACUGACAUUGUCAUAAGAAUAUGGAAUACUGACGGAGAGAACGAAUGUGAAAAUGAGACAUCUGUAGGCCAAGUGUCCAGGGUGGACAUAAGCAGCAAAGUGGAAGUGGUGUGGGCAGACAACUCUAUGACCAUCGUCCUCCCACAGCAUCUCUAUGGUGUGGAGUCAGAGAUCGAGGAGACAGACUACGACUCUGUGGAGGAGACCAGCAGUGGCCUGUCCACCGAGGAAUGGGAGGAUGAGAGCGACAGCUGGGAAACGGACAACGGCCUAACCACAGAAGACGACAGCCACGUCAACAAUAUGGACGUCACGGAGACGGCGACCCCCGUACCCACCGACUCAUCUGUGUUCAUCAUUCCCCCUCAAGAGGGCGGCAAACUUACCAGUCCCACAAAAGCAGUAGAGAGCGAAGCAUCGGUAGCUAGUGCUACUUCUGCAGGAGGAAGCACUCCAGCAGGAGCAGUCAACGGAGCUGAGAAACCGAGCAAAGACUGCGCUUCUCGAGGCUUCAGGGAGUUAAAGGAGGCCCUGAAGAUCCUGGAAAGCCUGAAGAACAUGACUGUGGAGCAACUUUGGACCGGCGUCUCUCCGACCUCGCCUACCUCAAUUGAACCGGCUUCCACGGCCAAUGUUGUGAGUUUGGCGCUGCCCUCAACCCCUGAGAAGCCCACCAAGGAGAAGCGGUUCCUGGAUGACAUCAAAAAGCUCCAGGAGAACCUGAGAAAGACGCUGGAUAACGUGGCCAUUGUGGAGGAGGAGAAGAUGGAGGCGGUGGUGGAGGCAGGUGGGGGUGCAGGCGCAGGGAUGGAGGCUGAGAAAGCUGGCGAGGAGAAGCUCCACCCGGAGCCUCAGACGCCGGUGGGUGGACAAGAGUGGCCCAGUGAUUUCCUGAGUGACACACCUGUACUGUGCCAACAGAGUGGCGGCAAACCUGGCGUCACCUUUACCAGUGCCAAGGGCGAAGUGUUCUCUGUCCUGGAUUGGGCACCAGACACACAUUCCUUUCACAAAAUAGAAUUUCAGCCAGCUGAAGCUAAGAAGUUCUUCAGUACUGUCAGGAAGGAAAUGGCUCUGCUGGCGACGUCACUGCCGGAGGGCAUCAUGGUCAAGACCUUUGAGGAUCGCAUGGACCUGUUGUCAGCUCUGAUAAAGGGGCCAACUCGUACUCCUUACGAGGACGGCUUGUUCCUUUUUGACAUCCAGCUGCCUAACAUUUAUCCUGCGGUGCCACCUCUUUUUCGCUACCUGUCUCAGUGCAGUGGCCGCCUCAAUCCCAACCUCUAUGACAACGGCAAGGUCUGCGUCAGUCUGCUGGGCACCUGGAUUGGCAAGGGCACUGAGAGAUGGACCAGCAAGUCGAGUCUACUCCAAGUCCUCAUCUCCAUACAAGGUCUGAUCCUGGUCAACGAGCCCUACUACAACGAGGCCGGCUUCGACAGUGACCGUGGCCUCCAGGAAGGUUACGAAAACAGUAGGUGCUACAAUGAAAUGGCCCUGAUCAAAAUGGUCCAGUCCAUGACGCAGCUCCUCCAGAACCCAGUGGAGGUUUUCAAACAGGAGAUCCAGGAACAUUUUCUUUUAAACGGCUGGCGGUUAGUCCACCGGCUGGAGGCGUGGCUCGAGCUGCAUGACGCUGCCGAGAGAAGUCACGUUGCCUCCACUAGGGGUCAUCACUCCAAGCCUUCUUCUGUGGAGCUUCUAGAUGAGCAAGCGCCUGUGGUGGUGGACCAUAGCAGCCCGAGGAAUCCUGGGAUGGAGGGCAGUAUUAUGGAGGAGGAGCUGGAGGAUUCAGGACUGAGCCCCUCCACUAUCGCUGCCUCUCAGCAGGAGAUGAGCCACGUUUCAGACUGUGACAGCACCCAGGGGUGCACAUCUGUAGGCGGGGGCAGCAAGAGUGGCACUUUGGUUGUUCGCGCUGGUGUGACAGAAUCUGUUUCCACUGGCGGCGACGGAAUGCUCGGCUCCAUGGGAAGCCAGCCGGUGGUGCGACCAAAGAAACGGAGAAAGAGUUACCGCAGUUUCCUCCCCGAGGGCAGCGGCUACCCGGACAUCGGCUUCCCGCUCUUCCCACUCUCUAAGGGCUUUGUGAAGAGCGUCCGAGGCGUGCUGCUGCAGUAUCGAGCUGCGCUGGCCGCUGCCACCAUCCCAGAUUGCACUGAGGACAAUGCCGCUGCAGACAUGUGUGACACAAAGAAAAGGACCUGAUCUGCAAACCUGCGUACGACAAAGCCUCAUCUGCUGUAUAGGCAGGUAAACACACAGUUGGUGGAACAAAAAAACAGUGCCAUCCAAUCCUGAUCCACCUCAUGAUGAUACGUUAAGAGCACUGGGUUCUUCUUUAUAAAGGCCGGUUCUGCUGCCACUUUGUAGCACUACGGACACCAUCUGGGAGAGCUGAUCCAUCUGAUACAUCAAGCAGGACUCCCCUUUUUUUAAAAACGGAAAUCACUACUUGUAUGCUUUUUGCCAAAUGUCAAUAUGUCAGACAAACAGAAAAUGUACUGAAUGUUAUGAAACUGCCAACUGCUUCUCCACUACUUUUGCACAUGCUGAAGCACGCAGCAAACUCCGUGUGCAAAGGUUUGCAACACUUUUUUUUGCUAUCAACCUUAAUUAAAACACAAAACAACCUACCCAUUCCAUUAUCUCAUUGAUAUGUUGCCUUACUUGAAAAACAAUAUCUUGUACAUAGCUGCUUGUUAACUUAAAAAAAACAAAAGACUGCACCUUGUUGCCAGUGUAGUUUUUGUAUGUGUACCCCUUCAAACUGCAUGAAUGACAUCAAACUAUUAUUAAAUUAACUAUUGCUCUUUCCUGCCCCACGGAUGAGUGGUAGACAAAUAAAUAAGACAAAAAAAAAGAUAAAUUACAGUCCUUUGGAGAUGAAUUCAAAACUGAUCUGGGUUUUAUUUUGCUCGGUGAUGUUGUAAAGUACUGUGAAAGACAAAAAGUGAAAAUUGUGCUUCCUUGGGAGUCUUUUGUUUACAUCUUUUAAAAAAAACAAACAGUAACUGCAUUCUAUCACACAUUGUUUUUGGUGACUUAAGCCAAUGCUGUGCUUGUAACAUAAGCUGUCUGUGUGCUGUUUGGACUUGAGGACGAUCAAAAAACAAACCGUUGUUUUAAAUGGAUGAUGGUGGUGGUGGUGGUGUUUGGUCUUCCACACGCACACACAUACACACGUAACUCUUACACCCAAUGAGGCAAUCAGGCCGCUGGAUUUUGAAGUCAUUAUUUUUGCUGCCUUUUAACGCUACAGAGGAAGCACUGCAAGGUAUCAAAGAAAGAACAUGUUGCUAUUGUAAAAUGUUCUGUGUAUGGAUAUUAUUUUGUCCUCCCCCCAUCCCUGCAUACAGCCAAAGCAUGUAACCUGUUGCUUUAAUUUAAGCCUUUCAUUUAAGUAUGGGCAAGACUUGACUGUCGACAUCUCUACAGUGGCUGAGUUGUAGACUGAUUACCUCUGUGCAGAUGUCAUAAAUAUAUUGAAGUCUAGAAAUACAUACAGUAGAUGAUUAUUAUAUUUAACACUCACUUGACUUGUAAGAUGUGUGGAUGCCCGGGGCAUAUGUGUACAAAAUAUGACAGAUUUUUUUUUCUAAAAUUGCUUUUGUUGUGUUGAAACACAUGUAUUAUAACGUAUUAUUAAACUUUGCAAGCAGUACCUUG